AUGAGCAGACAGGAACGCGUUGAGUUCAAGACCGUUGACGGUCUUACACUUCGAGGAUGCCUCUACGCAGCCGAAAAGAAAGGCCCUGCGAUAAUCAUGACUCCAGGAUUUAACUUUACCAAAGAGAUGUUCAUAGCCGAAAUUGCCGAAUACUUUCAACGGGCAGGAUUCACUAUUCUUACCUACGAUCCUCGAUCGAUCGGAGAGAGUGAUGGUGUUCCAAAGAACGAAAUCGACCCAGUCCGCAAUGCGGAAGACUACCACGAUGCCUUGACAUUUAUGAAAAGCAACCCUCUAGUCGAUGCAUCUCGGAUUGCUUUCUGGGGAUUUUCAUUCAGUGCGAUGGUGGCAUUGACAGCUGCCGCUCUCGACAAACGUGUCAAAGCAGUCAUUGCUGUUGCCCCAUUGUCAAUAUUCGACUUCCCCGCUGACAAGUGGCCGAGGGUUCUCGCGAAGGCCAUGAAAGACCGCGAGUCGCAAUUGAGUGGCAACGAAGCCUUCUAUAUUCCCAUGAUCACUGAACAGGGCGAGAAUCCAGCUGGGUUCGGUGCUGGAGUUGACAAAGAAGGUUUCAACCUGCUAGCAGGAGCAAAGACUCUUGUUCCCAACUUCAAACUCCCGACCACCCUCAAAAGUUACUAUAACAUCGCCGCUUGGCAGCCAUUAGGAUUGAUGAAAUAUGUGUCACCUACACCAGUAUUGGUUAUAACCCCGGAAGACGAUGCCAUAUCUCCGGCGGCCGAGCAGAAAAGACUGAUUUUCGACCGUUUCGAAGAGCCAAAGAAACACAUAGUAGUCAGUGACAAGGGCCAUAUGGAUUUAUUAAGUGGAGCCAACUUUGAGAGUGUCUUGGACCAGCAAAUUGAGUUUCUUUUGAGCGCCAUGGGAUAG